AUGGUUACGAAAACAUCAGAGCUGAUUGACGCAUAUCUCGGCCGAAUAGACUCAGAGGAUAUGGACUUCAACCAUCUUCCUACAAAUGACUUGAAUUAUCAUUUUUACGAUGACACAAACUAUUUCAGGCAUUCUUCCAAAUGUUCUGAUAUGGAUAUGGAAUCUCCAACCCAUCCUAGCCAGCUGAGCUCUCAUAGAAGAAGCUCAUCGUUCGACAGUAUCCUUGGACACUGUCUCAGGAACGCGACGUGUAUCACAUCUCUGAAUCCGAGAUUCGCUGUAAAAUUAGAUAGCGCACCUUUGCAAGACUUAAUUACUUCGAGGAUAUUAGAAAGUUCGGCGGAAUUCUUUUAA